AUGAGGAACAUUAAAGAAGCACGGUUCCCAAAUCCAAUUAGAUCUGAUCACAGUCAGAGGGAUCCUAAUUUUUGGUGCGAAUAUCACAUGACGAAUGCUCACCAGACCGGGAACUGCCAGCAUCUGCGCGAAGAGGUGGUGACGCUACUGAAAAAUGGCCAUCUCAGGGAAUUUUUAAGUGACCAGGCUAAAAAUAAUUACGAUCGCAAUCAUGACAACAUGGAGCCCUCAAAAACAGGAGAAAAUCCCCCGCGCUUGACCAUCAACUUGAUUUUUGGGGGAAACGAGAUUAAUGGGGUUACAUUCUCGGUAGAAAAAAAGACAAAGGUGUCAGUAAACCAUAUCAAGAGGCUCCGGGAAGUCGCUGAAGAUGACAUCACUUUCACGGAGGAGGACGUAGAUGGAUUGUUGCUACCAUACAACGAUGCAUUGGUAAUCUCUUUAAAUGUAUCAGAUAUUAAAAUCAAACGUGUUCUGGUGGAUCCAGGAAGUUCGGCCAAUAUUAUACAAUGA